GACCUUUUUUAAAAGAAACCAGGUCCCCCGUGUUUAAAGAGAAACCCUUCCUUAAUCCAGAGAAAAGGCGCGUCUCACUUCUCACAAACUGUUUUCCGGGGAAAGGAGAAGAAACUUUGUUCGUCUGUGCUUGGAGCAUUCAAGGGAAGUGAGAGCGAGAGAGAAAGUGAGAGAGGGCAUCUGAUAAUUACCUGAGAUUAUUACUCUAAUAUCGCAGCGCGUCCCCAGAUUUACGAGUGUGGGAAAAUAAACAAGUGAAAUGCGGGUGCUGGAGCAGAAAGAAUAAGCCAUUAGCACUGGGUUGAUUACAGAGAGCAGGAGUUGAAGAGGAGGAAAAGAGGGAGUGCUGUGCGCAGAUAUGGAGAGAGAGAGAGACACUUUGAGUGAGAGCAGAUCUGCAGGGUUUAAACUCACCCAAGUCUCUAAUUGAAGUAUCCCCCCGGGGCUGUUAGUGCUGCUCCUCUGUGCGAAAUCCAGUGUACAGAUCUAUUAAUGUAACUGCUUUGUUUAAAUGAGUGAUCCAAGUGCCAGAUUUUUUUACUCCAAUUGAUUUUCAAGCUUCAUACCUGCCACAGAAUCACCCAAGACAUUGUUAAAUGUUUGUGGAUUACAAAUGGAAGCCGCUUAGAAUUGCUUCAAAGGAUAAGAUGGCAGGUAAAUGAUAAUCUUUGCUGUUUGUGUUACAUCAGCGAGUUAAAGGAUUGCCUUGGUAGAGUUCUCUAUAGUUCAAAUAGGGCAUGAUUAGUGAAUUAGCAGGCCCUUAGUUCACUCUAUAUCGCCUUCUCAAGGAAUUCCCCUGCUAUAGAGUAAUGAAUAAAAGUCACAAUAUCAGAAUAAAUCUUUGCCGUAAAUUCCUCCCUCUGGCGACAUUAUUAAUAGAUGGAGGAGAAGAAUAGAGAGGAGGAUUAAUCUUUAAAAUGAUGGAUGGACUCGGCUCGCCUUCCCAUGCUCUUGCGUUGAGGUCAUUUUGAUAAGAAGGUAUAUUUUGGGGGUCUUCUGUACAAAAGGUCAUCAUAUCUACUUCCAGGUUUCUCGACGGCAGUUCCGCUCUGGCUGCCAGCAGCGGAACUGCCGUCCCGAUUGCACGGGACCUCCGACCUCUAACUGCCUGUUCUGCCAUUGCUCUGAACUCUCCCUUUCGCUCCGCUCUCUCUGUCCGCGUGGGCGAGCGUCGCCGCUCAGAGGUGAAAGCGAUGGCUCAUCCGCGGGGCGGCGCCACGCAGCGCCGCGUACUGACAGUGGGUGUAAUGGCGGGGUCACCGCUGGAUAAUGGGCAGGUCAGAACAACCACUGGCUGUUUGGAAGUGCGGGGUCAGAGAGCUUAUCCUUCCCAGCCAGUCAUUCUGCGCUCUGCACCGAUUCUUUGGCCCUUUGGAGUCUCUUCUCUCGCACCGAGACCAGUCGCACCGAGGAGCAGCUCCGCUCAUUUUUUCCACUUUCACCUCUGGCAACGGCAAUCGCUUAACGAAACAAAGAGCAGGAGCUUCUGGAUACUUACAAACCAGUGGGAUUAUAUUUUCUUUUAGAUAAAACAGGCAUUUUUCAAUAUUUUUACGACUUCCUCAACGCUACGCGAGGAGGCCUGCCAAACAAGAUAAGCCUGAGCCUGUGCUACAGUGCUAAAGGUAAUUAGCAGAAGAUGCCUCCCUUCUCUACGGAAGAUUACCACAAACUCCUACAGAAGAUUUUACUGCCGGAAACAAAAGUGAAUCGGUUAGAAGUAAAUGUAGAAGCAAAUGGACCAUGUGGGAACAACACCACUCUAGCAAUGACUCAAAACAGUGGACAAGAGCAUGCUAGAACCCAGCUAACUAGCAAUGAUGGAACUAUGAAGAAACUGGAGGACUCUGUGCAGGGUAAUAAAUCUACCAGCGACAAUCCUCCCUGGACCACACUUGGUGCAAAGCCAAAGAGAAGACCAGACAAGGGAGAACGGAUAACUGGCAGGACCCAGCGGCCCGAUAUCUGUGAUCUGGCCGACUGGCCUGCGUUACCAUCCAGGCAUAACGCCUCCUCAACCCCCGUUCUUCGUAGAACAAAGCAGCGGACAACUGAGAAGAGGGGAACUACCAAGGAACCUCCCCAGCAAACAGGUGUAAAUCUACAAAACAGGUUUGCUCCACUGUUGCAGGACCAUGGAUCCCCCUCUAAAUUUCUGGAUAACCCUCCACCACCACGCAGCAGGGUAAGACCUGCUAACUUAAAGCCACAGAGAAAGCUAACGACAGGGCCUGAAAAUCUGAUUGUGGGUGAUUUUUCUGUAAAAGAUAUGAAAAGUGGUAACGACACCAAAGUACUCUGCUUCCUGGAGGAUAUGGUGUCUGACUUGGAAGAAAGAAUUUUGGAAAUUGUGGCUGAACACCCAACUGUGAAAAACUUAAUCCUGCACAUUGGCUCUAAUGACAUUGAAAAACAACAAUCAGAAAAGUUGAAAGAGGACUUUGAUAAUCUCCUAGAAACAGUCAGCUCUGUGAAUGCUGAGGUGUUUAUCAGUGGUCCUCUGCCCCCGACCGGGAGAGGAGCUGAGAGAUUCAGUAGACUGUUUUGGGUCAACAAAUGGCUCUUAACUGCAUGUGCAGUUCGUUCAAUGCAUUCUAUUAACAAUUUUAGCUUUUUCUGGGACCGCAGGCAUCUUUUUAAGACAAAUGGACUUUGCCUGAAUAAGAUGGGAGCAAAGCUUUUCAUUACCAACAUGUUUUACAUCAUGCGUCAUCCAUCUGUCCCCACUGCCAAGGACACGAGACCAGAAGAGGAGCCCACAAAGAAGGAAGAGAAAACACAGCUUAUCAGAAACGGCGAGGGAGGACCGCCAUUGCCAUCCCACUCCCUUUUACUCCCUUAGAUCGACCUCAGCGCCCUCCCCCCCCAGCGUCCACCUGCACCAGCUCAUCUCAGCGGUGACGCCAUCUCACGCCGAUCUGCCCCCCCACCUCUACGAAGACGUGCUCCACCUCCACCUCCACAAAUCCAUCCCAGCUGUGACGCUGCUCACUCCCCCCCUUAGGCCCACCCCCUCCUCCUCCUGACAGCAGCCCUGAAUAUUACUGAGAUAGAAAAGGGUUCAGCAGUAGACCGCAUUAUCAGCUGGACCCAAGGUCGCCUACGUCAAAACAUGGCACCUUCUGCAUUCCUGUUGUGACCACCAAGAGAGUGAACAUUGCGAAACUUAGACACACUGCUAAUCUAACAAAUCUCAUUCCUAUUCUCUCCAGCUCAAAGUCAACCCCAAAGCCUGUGAAUAACAACAUCAGGAUGGCUCUGCUUAAUGUUAGGUCUCUUAAUAACAAAUCGUUUUUAGUCAAUGAUUUUAUUACCACUUCUAAACUUGAUUUUAUGUUUUUAACUGAAACAUGGCUAGAACAAAAUAACAGUGCAAGCAUUCUGAUUGAGGCAGCACCCCCCCAACUAUAACUUUAUUGAUGUAUGUAGAUCUGGAAAAAGAGGCGGAGGGGUUGCUGCUAUAUUAAAAAAUAUAUUUCAGGGGAAACAGAUGUCACUUAGGGAUUUUCCAUCAUUCGAAUAUCUUUGUGUUGUAUUGAAAGGUUCUCCCAGAGUUCUCCUGGUAAUUAUUUACAGGCCACCUAAAUAUUCUGCACAUUUUUUCAAUGAUUUUACUGAA